UACACUCUACCCUCCCCAGACCCCACUAUGUGGGAAUACACAGGGUAUGUUGUUGUUGUUGUUGUUGUUGUUGUGGCCAUAACUCCUCAUGUUUCCUUUGCAGGUUGUUGCUUUGGCCAAUCAAAGACUGCUCAAUCUUAAUUCGGGACAAUUUAAUGCACAUGGUGGAGCUGUGUCAUUGGGACACCCGUUAGGGUGCAGUGGAGCUAGGAUUCUGGUAACUCUUUUAGGGGUAUUGAAGCACAAGAAUGGGAAGUUUGGUGUUGCCGGAAUCUGUAACGGGGGAGGAGGUGCAUCUGCGCUCGUUGUAGAGCUCAUGCCUGCGCGGAUGGUGGCGCGUUCAUCACUCUGAAACUGGAAAAUCUUCUUUCGCGCUAUCUGCGCCAACGGUAGCAAGACAUCGAAAUCUUGUACUUAAUUGUGGAAAACUAUAUAAGCAAUGGUUUAAGGUUCGACUUAGUAUACACAUACAGUAAAAACUUUUUAUAUGGUAUUAGUGAACUUGUACGUCACAAGUUAGAUAGUGUCAGUGUACAGAAGUUAAACUCGUAAUCUUAUAUAAUAAUAUGAAUUUAAUAUCAUCAA